AUGCGUGCCCAAUGCGCGAAGCUCUCUGCCAAUGAUAUCUCUCACUAUCAAACUGUAGCAGAUAGAAGAAUUCUAGAGCUUGAAGCUACUCGUGAUCUUUCGAGGAUUUGGUUACAUGUGGAUAUGGAUGCUUUCUAUGCGGCUGUUGAAACAUUGAGUAAUCCUUCGUUGAAGGGGAAACCAAUGGCUGUUGGUGGCAUGUCUAUGAUUUCAACUGCUAAUUAUGAGGCACGGAGAUUUGGGGUUCGUGCUGCAAUGCCUGGUUUUAUUGCCUGUAAAUUAUGUCCAGAGUUAAUUUUUGUUCCGACAGAUUUCAAGAAGUACACUCAUUACAGUGAAUUAACAAGAAAAGUUUUUGAGAAAUACGAUCUUAAUUUCUUGGCUGCUAGUUUGGAUGAAGCAUACCUGGAUAUAACUGAGGUCUGCAAAGAAAGAGGCAUGUCUGGUGGAGAAAUUGCUGAAGAACUUAGAAAAGGCGUUAACGAAGAGACUGGUCUGACUUGUAGUGCUGGAGUGGCCCCAAACCGCUUACUUGCUAAGGUUUGCUCAGAUAUAAAUAAACCCAAUGGACAGUUUGUUUUACCAAAUGAUCGGUUGGCCGUCAUGACAUUUAUAUCUUCAGUCCCCAUAAGGAAGAUUGGAGGCAUUGGUAAGGUUACUGAACAUAUUCUGAAGGAUGCUUUUGGUAUAAAUACAUGUGAAGAGAUGAUCCAAAAGGGCGGGCUCCUCUGUGCACUGUUUUCUCAUUCUACAGCAGGUAGUCAUUGUCUAGUAUUUUUUCUCUCCGUGGGUCUGGGGAUUGGGAAGACAGAUACUCCUCAAGUCAGGUCCCGAAAAAGUAUCAGUAGUGAGAGAACUUUCUCAGCCACUGAUGAUGAGGCACUUCUUUAUCAGAAAUUAGCAAGCCCUGUUGGAAUUGUGUUGGCAGCUGAUAUUGCAGAUAUGCUAUGUACAGACAUGAAAAAAGAAGGUCUUUGUGGUCGAACGUUGACUCUCAAAUUGAAAACUGCAUCAUUUGGGUUCCUUGCUUCUCUGCAAUUUUUGCUGGCUUUUCAUCUCACUGUGGAAGAUAUGAUUAAGGUUAGGAGGUAUGCUCCAUUGCUAAUGGAUUCAAGAAGGGCAAUGCUUUGCACUUGUCCUACCAAAGCAGGGUCCAGGGGGAUGACCUGGACUGUAGAUAAAAUCUUAACCUCCUGCAUUUUGCAAGAAAUGGUUCGAAGCAGAGCUGUGACUUUGGAAAAAUAUAUUUGCUCAUGUGAAGACAUAUUGAAGCAUGCUUCAAAGCUGCUAAAGGCUGAACUUCCUAUUUCCUUAAGGCUGAUGGGCCUGCGAGUGUCUCAUUUCAACGAAGACAAGAUUGGUGCUCCAUCUGAUCCAACACAAAAGACUCUCACCAACUUCAUUGUGUCAGGAGAUUCUUCUAGUCAUGAGUUACUACAUUAUGGAAUUAGAGAUCCAGUGGACAGCAAUAAUCAAAGGGAUCUGGACGUUCACCACUGCACUUCCAUUGAUAAUGUUGAAGCUGAGAAAACCCAUGAACCUUCAAGCAACAAAAUUGCGGACAAGGUGACUGCCAAGAAUAUGCUAGGGGAAGUGUCACAGUGCAAGGAAGCAGGCUUGUCUUUGCCUGGACAGAUUGAGGGGAAAAGCGCUGACAGAACGAACCAGGUCAUCAUGGACAAUGAGGCGGUUUUUUCAUCUGAACAGAGAGAUGAGUUAGUUUGGGUGGAUGACUACAAGUGCUCUCUAUGUGGGAUUGAAAUGCCAUCAAAUUUUGUUGAGGAAAGACAAGAGCACUCGGAUUUCCAUCUUGCUGAGAGGCUUCAAAAGGAUGAGUCCAGCAUUGAUUCGAGAACUUCUACCCUGAGGCAGAGGUUGUUUUUCAUAUAUGCCAUGUAUACAUAUAUUUAUGAUCAGUGA